ACAACAAGGAAGUGCAGGGUUUGUUUUUGUCCGGCUGCAGAGCGUGACUGCACAGCCGAGCGCGAGGAGUUGCUAUUACAGUUCAGGCUGCAGCAUGGCGGCAGUGGGGACGUGGGCCUUUUCGGAGCCCGCUGUGGACAGACUGCGCCGCCUGAUCAGCGCCGGACGCCAGGCCACUGAUGCUGUGGAGGAGGCCUUGGCAGAGGUGGAGGACGACCCGGACACGGGCCACCACGUCGUGGGCAGAGGAGGCUUCCCCAACAGCGGAGGAGUGCUGGAGUGUGAUGCCGCCAUCAUGGAGGGCGGAGCGGGGAGGUUCGGCGCUGUGGCGGCACUGCGAGGGGUGGGCUGUCCCGUCCGGGUGGCUCGCAGGGUGAUGGAGGCCAGCCCCCACAGCCUGCUGGUGGCAGAUGGAGCCGCCGCCUUCGCCAGGCAGCAGGGCUUCACCAUCGAGCCCAACGACGACAUGCUGACCGCCCGGGCCACGCAGGCCUACCAGGGACAUGUGGAGAAGCAGCAGAGGCCCAGCGGUCACGACACACUGGGCCUCAUCGCUCUGGACCAGAGGGGGAACAUAACGGUCGGUGUUUCCACCUCUGGAGCUCCGUUUAAGUCGCCCGGCCGGGUCGGAGACUCGCCGCUGCCCGGCUGCGGCCUCUACGCCGACCACACGGCUGGGGCUGCUGCAGCCACAGGGGACGGGGACAGGAUCAUGUGUUACUGCCCCAGCUUCCACGUCGUCCAGCUCAUGAAGCAGGGCUCGCCGCCCGCCGCCGCCUGUCAGGCCGUCCUGGAUGACAUCAUGAGCAGGGUGGGGCCAGACCGCGGCUUCGAGAUGGGACUGAUCGCUCUCAACAUGCAGGGCGAGGCCGGCGCCGCCUCCUCCGUCCCCUUCCCCUACACGUGUUGGAGGCAGGACGAGGUUUCGGUGGAGAAGCGGGCCAGCCAUCCGCAUUCCUGCCACGGCCACGGAGAAGGAAAAUGAUGAUGCCCAGAUGUGACUCCAAGCUCUCUGCACAGACUGGAAGAGACACAGCAAAGUCAUGAAUUUUUUUUUUUUUUUUUUUUUUUUUUUUAAUUAAACGUUUGCUGCGGCCCUCCCGGGUAAAAAGCCAUCCUGUCAUUGUUGCAGUGUUAGUUUGGAGAUGUAUUUUUGUCACACAUGCAUUGGUUUCAUCCAGGCUGAAGCCACACCGCGCAACAUUCCCUGAUGUGUACAGGCCUGUUGUACAAGAGCUACUGCUGCAGCAAGAAUCCUCCCGGCUGAUUCAUCCGGCGUGUACCUGUGCAGGUGCUGAGGAGAGCUCUGAGUCAUGAACACACCUGUUUCCUCAGGGCUGUGACGACAGCCGUGACUCACCUCCAUUCACAGGAACUCAACGCAAAGGAAGUUUCUGGAUUUGUGGCACACUGCUUGAUUAAAUGGGGAUAAUUGGUUGGAAA